UGAAGGGGGGUUGUGUGUGAUGGAUAGAUAAAGCAGGGAAAUCCGGCAGACUGACAGAUGAAAGCAGCUACUCUCCUUGAGCUUGUGUGCGGUGCUGAGUGAGCUACAGGAGCGCAGGACGAUGUAGAGCUAUGGAGGUGCAGGGGUGCUGGGAGAAUCUGGGGCUCCGAUUUAUGCUGCCACAGUCCUCUGCUGACAGUGUGACUGCCUGCGUCACACAUUAAACCUGAACACCUGCAGCAGUUUUCGUCAGCGUGACUGGGCCACAUUGGGCCGGACAGCUCUCCAGAAAGCGCCAUGCCGUGUGUGGUCCGGGUCAGGGGGCUGUGGCCUGCACUGGUGCUGUGUUACAGCUGGGCCUCUGUCCUCACAGGCACAGCGGAGCCCAUGCCCAGGAUUGAUGGACAGCAGCACUCAGCAAUCACGCUGCAGGAGAACGCCACGCGCCAGUUCAGCUGCCAGUCGGAGGGCUGGCCCCUCCAGGCCCCGCCUCUGCUCACCUGGUACCUGAACGGCGAGGAGCAGGGGGGCGCGGACGCCGGGAAAGGACGGCUGCUGCUCACCUCCUCCUCCUCCUCCCCCCCGCGGGAGGUGGGCGUGUUCAACAGCAGCUCCGCCCACAACAGCACCUUCACGCUGCGCGCCCGCAAGUCCGACCGCGAGCUGGCCUGCGCCGCCGCGGACCCGCGGGGCCGGGAGAGCUACAACGCCACAGUGCUGCUGAACGUGCAGUUCCAGCCUGAGAUUGUACAGGUCAGUGCUCAGUACACAGAACCUGCUGACCCUGGGCUCUCCCUGGUCCUGUUCGCCUUGGUUCGCUCCAACCCCCCCGCAACCAUCACCUGGGUGGACCAGUCUGGCCAGCUGGUGACCAAUACCUCUGACUUCCUCAUCCUGGACUCGCGCAGCUACCCCUGGCUGACCAAUCACACCCUGCGGGUGACGCUCAGCAGCCUAUCAGGAAACGUGUCCCUGAGCGCCAACAACAGCCUGGGUGUCUCUCACUCCUCCAUCACCCUCAGAGACUUCCUGCAGUCUCACGUGGAGGUGCCAGUACUGGGAAUCCUCGCUGGGGGGGCUCUGGGCUUCAUCGUCCUCCUCAUCCUCAGUCUUCUCCUCCUGUGUGUGGUCUGCAAGAAGAGGAAGAGCAGUGCUGGGAAGACAGCAGGGGCCUCAGUGCCCCAGAGUGAGUCGUCCCGUUUGCGCUUGGAUGCUGUCUGUCUGCCUCGAGAGAACAUGUCACUGCCCUCCAACCUGCAGCUCAAUGACCUGAGUGCCCUGUGCAGAGGGCAGGAGAGAGACCGGCAGAAGAAGGAGGAAGAGGUGGAGAAAGACCAGUCCGAGCAGGAUCUCUCCGCUAUGUAUGCUAUCCGAGAAACAGUGUUAAUAUUUAUCAGCAGCAUCACUUGGUGUGCACUGCAGAUCUUCACACCCUAAAGAUCUUCCUGCAAGGUGUGGAAAAGCCCGUUUUCUCCUGACGGUGACCACAGGGCAGUGGAGAGGAUUCCCCAAGUACUGGUUAUUGGUGGAAUAGCUGUUCAGGGUUUUCUUGGCUCCUCCUACUUCCAGGUGCCUGCAGUCUCACAGUGUUGUUGGUGAGGGACAUGCCACUCCUCCAAUCAGUGUGGGACUGUGAGUGAUGGACAUGCCUCUCCUCCAAUCAGUGCAAGGCUGUGGGUGAGGGACAUGCCUCUCCUCCAAUCACUGUAGGGCUGUGGGUGAAAGACUGGUCUCUCUUCCUAUCAGCACUGAUUGGCUGAGCUGCCUGUGACAUGUGGCUGGAAGGUGGGCGGGUCAGAGGAGUCUGGCUACACUUCACUCAGCCCCAAGUGAGGCAGGGGGAUUGUAGCUGUGGGCUGGGAAAUAAUAAUACUCUAUUUAGAAACACGCAAUUUGCUUCUUCAAAUCAAGUGGGCAUAACAAAAAUAAUCGGUGUUUCUUUUAAAAAAAAAAAGGACUGAUACCUGAACCUGGUACUAAAGAGAGAGAGUCUUUAUUAUCCCUGGAGGCAAGUUGUUUUAC